AUGGAAACACAAAGGGAAGCUGGGGUAGCUCGGGAAGAUGAAAUAAUCUCCUCGAACCGUACAUCUAGCAAUAUGAUGUCGCGCAAGCGCUCUUCUGAUCCGAGGCCAGAGAGGACAGGACGACCGCCUCAAGAUAAAAUACACGUUGUUGGACUUGGGUCUAUUGGAUUAUUCAUAGCACACUCUCUGAAAGCUGUACCUUGGGAGGGGACGCCCGACGUGAUCCUCGUUUCACACAAAAAGUCAACAAGAGAUAAAUGGUUACGGUCUCCGCAACGGAUCACCUGUACAGUCGAUGGAGACGUUCUCAAUAGUGGCCACUACUGGAUGCAGUUCGCAACACCCAAUCGAAGAUAUCAUGGGUCUGAGAUCUUACCUGGUAAUCCUCUACCGAAGAGUGGUAUACGGAAAGCCAAGGACGAUGCAACCUACCAUGUGACACCUGAGGAGUUUGCUGAGCGCGAGAAGUCAGACUCUAGCAGUCGGAAUGUUGGUAAAAGGGUCCAUACAGACACUGGUCGACCGGACCUCGCAGAGAAAUCCACCCAAGAGGCAGUACAACAAAGCGUUGCAGGAGCUGUCGAAAAUAGAAAGUCAGGACAGUCUAUCGAAAGCAGCCAAGAGGAGUCCACACCCAAAGCACACAGAAGUCCAGAUAGGAUCGAGGCAGUAUCCGGAAGCGGCACGCAAAGUGGAACUUGGUCCAAAGAAGAUGAAGAAGCAUUCAACGAUGAGCUCACCCCUGAGCAACGCAGAACGCUCGAUCAGGUGGACCAGAUGAUGGCCGAAGCAGAGGCGUCUCGAACACGCAAGACUCCCCUUGAAGACAGAUCACUCCCCGACAUCAAUAAAGUAGGCCAACAAAUAGCCCGGAGCUCAGACGACGACCCCAUUCUCCAUCUAAUCCUCUGUGUCAAAGCCCCCGACACAGUUUCCGCUCUUUCUGCCGUCGCCGGACGCCUCUCUGCCGCCAGCAGCAUCCUCUUCCUCCACAACGGCAUCGGCAUCAUCGAAGAAGUCAACACCAAAAUCUUCCCCGAUCCCGCCACCCGCCCUACAUAUCUCCUCGGAGUCAACUCGCACGGCGUCAACAAACAACCAGAUCACCCAUUCGCCAUCGAAUGGGCCGGUCAAGGCACCAUCGCCAUCGGGCCAUACCCCGAAAUCCCCGACCCAACCUCUCCUCGCGCCCACACUCUACCCCCAUUCGACCCAUCCCCAUCCGCCCGCUGCCUCAUGAACCACAUCAAGCGCGUCCCCCAGCUCCAAGCCGCCGUCCACCCACCCGACCAACUCCUCGCCCUACAACUCGAGAAACUCGCCAUAAACUGCGUCAUCAACCCGCUGACCGCCCUGCUCGACGUCCGCAACGGCUACCUGCCCUAUUCCUACUCCCUCCUCCGCGUCGCCCGCCUCAUCAUCUCAGAGGUCUCCCUCGUCCUGCGCAACCUGCCCGCGCUCUCCCAUCUCUACAACACCGAACGCCGCUUUUCCCCGCGCCGUCUCGAGGCGCUGUGGGUCGGCGUCGCGACACGCACCGGGCAGAAUGUUAGUAGUAUGCUUGCGGACGUGCGCUUUGGGCGUGGUAAGACUGAGGUCGAGUAUAUGAAUGGCUGGGUGCAUCGCAUGGGCGAGAAGCUCGGCGUGACGUGCGUGACGAAUUACGGGCUCGAGAAGCUGGUCAAGGGCAAGGCGACGAUUGUGCAAUGGGAGAAGCAGAUGGAUUUGCCGUUUAGUGAGGAGACGGAGGUUAAGUUGAGGGAUCAGGAGGAGUGGGUUAGGGCGGAAAGGGAGGAGCAGAGGGUGAGGAGGAAGGAGAAGCAGAAGGAGAAGGGGAACAGGUCUGUACAAAAAUGA